UGUUAGUUAAUUUCAUGCGUAGAAGUAGCUGCAGCAAGAGCAAAAAUGUCUCUGCACCCAAUAUUGCUCGUUUUCCUUCUUUUCCUCUCUUUCGCCCUUAUAUUGCGUAAGCGCGCUAGAGGUGGCAAUCUCCGUUUACCUCCAUCCCCACCAAAGCUACCGAUAAUUGGCAACCUGCAUCAGAUAGGGACACUCCCCCACCGUUCUUUCCAAGCACUCUCCAAAAAGUAUGGUCCCAUAAUGCUCUUACAUUUGGGCAGUGUUCCAAGUCUUGUGGUUUCUUCACCAGAAAUAGUGAAAGAAAUGCUCAAGACCCAUGAUAUCAUCUUCUCAAAUCGCGCAAGACCAAUGUCUGUAGACAUCAUCCUCAACGGACAAGAAGACUUGGCAUUUUCACCAUACGGUGAGUACUGGAGACAGCUGAGGAAGCUUUGCGUUCAAGAGCUUCUUAGCCUUCACAGAGUGCAGUCGCUUCAGUUCCAGAGGGACGAAGAAGUUGACAGGUUGGUGAAGAAGAUACGCCGUUCAAGUCUACAAGGGGAAACGGUUAAUUUAAGUGAGUUGCUGCUUGAUGUCACAAACGACAUGGUGUGCAGAGCUGUUAUUGGAGAAAGGUGCGAAGGAGAAGAUGGUAAGAGCAAAUGGGGGGAGAUGUCGAGGAAGAUACUGUUGGCAUUUCCAGCUUUUAGUUUUAGAGACUAUUUUCCCAAUCUUGGAUGGAUGGAUAACCUUACAGGCUUCACGGGGACACUGACUAGGACUUCCAAAGAGGUAGAUGCGUUUUUUGAACAGGUGAUUGAGAAGCGCAGAGUGUUGUUAACAGAUGGUAGCCUCUCUAGUAAGAGAAAUUUUAUAGAUAUUCUCCUCCACCUUAAAGAAACUGGCCUCCAUGGCUUUGAUCUCAGUUACGGCAGGAUCAAAGCAAUCCUACUGGACAUGUUUGUGGGAUCAACGGAUACUUCUGUAACAACAAUGGAUUGGGUAAUGACAGAGCUCAUGAAAAACCCAAAAGUCAUGAAGAAAGUGCAAAAAGAGGUGAGACAAGUGGUGGGAAAGAAAUCAAAGGUAGAUGUGAAUGACGUGAAUAAAAUGGGCUACUUAAAAUGUGUGAUUAAGGAGACGCUUAGACUACAUGCUCCUGUGCCUCUCUUGAUUCCCCGAGAAACAUCUGCAACUGCUACACUAGGAGGCUAUGAUAUUCCUCACAAAGCAAGGGUAUACAUCAACGUAUGGGGCAUUCAAAGGGACCCCAAAGUUUGGCCAAAUGCGGAGGAUUUUAUCCCGGAGAGAUUCGAGAAUGACAACGCAGUAGAUUCUCUAGACCAAGACUUCCAUUUUUUUCCGUUCGGCGGUGGGAGAAGGAUCUGCGCCGGCAUGUCAUUUGCACAAGCAACAAUUGAAUAUGUGACGGCCAAUCUCUUGUACUGGUUCAAUUGGGAGUUGCCUACCGGAGUAACUGGGAAGGACUUGGACAUGAGCGAGGCCUUUGGGCUAACUAUUCUCAAGGAAGCUCCUCUCUGUCUUUUGCCAAUUGAAUAUAUAUAGCAGUCGAAUAAACGCCGCCUUGUGCCCGGUGAGGGAUAGAAGUACUCAUAAAUAAAAAAUAAAUAUUUCAUUUUA